AUGGCUGCUGCAGCAGCAGCAAAUUUAUUUUAUUUACCAGAUGAGUGUUGGGAACAUGUCUACAAAUUCCUCACAUACGACGACGAUGAUGGCUACAGACAAGUCCUGAAAUCUCACUCAGUCGUCUCCAAAGAGUUUCUCUCCAUCACCAACCGUCUCCGAAAGUCUCUCACUAUCGGUACUCAAAGUCGUCAUCACCUCUAUGAAAGGUUACUCAUCCUUUUUCAAAGGUUCCCCAACAUCACCUCUCUCACCCUUUCACAUUACUGCAUAGGUGACCUCAACAAUCUUCUCCUCCAAAUAUCUCAAUUCCCAUUAAAACUCACAUCACUCACUUUCUCAGGGAGCCGUUGCACCAUUCCUAUAAAUGGGUUGCGAGCUUUCUCUCAAAAGAUUACAACUUUAACCUCUCUCACAUUUUCCAACCUUGACCCUAUUAAUAGCACUGACAUAUUCUUCAUUGCUGGUAGUUUUCCUUUGCUUGAAGAACUCGGCCUUAGUUACUGCAUUCCAUAUUCUAGACAUGGCACUAGCAUCCCAAGUAUAGUUGAGCCUCUUUCAUUGGCAUUCUUCAAACUCCGCAAGGUUAAUCUCUCCGGUCAUGAUUACAUGGACGACAAAUUGCUAUUCCACUUGUUUAAGAAUUGUAAGCUUCUCGAAGAAGCCAACUUGUCUCAUUGUAUUCAAUUAACUAACGCGGGCAUUGCUUCUGCUCUCCUCGAGAGUCCAACGUUGAAGUCUUUAACCUUUGACAUACUGGAAGAAUGUCCAACGUUGAAGUCUUUAACCUUUGACAUACUGGAAGAAUGUGCAAUGUUAUCUACAUUUACUCGGAAUUGUCCUUCACUUAAUGAGAUCAAAGUGCAAAGCUGUACGAGGCUGAACAAUGUAAAGAACUUUAACUCUUCUAUUGUAAACCCUGAAUUGAAGUCUCUUAGUUUUGCUAACGUUUGUUGGUUAACAAAAGAAACCAUGAAAGUGUUUGUUUUAUUCCCCAAUUUGGUGCGGCUUGAUUUGAGAUGGUGCAGCGGAAUUUCUGGAAAAUUAAUGUGUCAACUUUUAAGGAUGUGUUGUAAGCUUAGACAUUUGAACUUAUCCUACUGUUUAGAAUUGAAUGUAUCCGAAAUGAACUUUGAAGUUCCCAAAUUGGAGGUGUUGAACUUGGCAAAUACAAGCAUUGAUGAUAAAGCACUGCAUGUGAUCUCAAAGAGUUGUUGUGGACUUUUGCAACUGAUACUGGAAAAUUGUUAUAAUGUUACAGAGAGGGGAGUGAAGCAUGUGGUAGAAAACUGCACGCAAUUGAGAGUUAUCAAUUUGACGAACUGUCUUAAUGUGGAUGCUGAUGUUUCUGCCUUGAGACUACUGUCAACGCGGUCGCUGAAAAAUAUAGUUGCUCCACCUCCUAAUAGGUCAAGUAACAAAAGACGGAGGAAUUCUUCCUGA